CCGAGCCGACAGUUCCGCCCGGCAUCCGCUUACACACACCCCAAAGUUGAUCUCUUCACGCAUCUCCCUCUCUCAACAUCGCUCUCCAUCUCUCUCUCUCAUCGCCUACGAUGCCCGGUCCCGCUCCGACCGCACACCAAGUGCUUGUAUACUCUGGGCCCGGCGUUUCGCCCCUCAGCCUCAGCCACACGCUCCUCACACUCUCCCUCCUCCUCAUCCCCCACUACACCGUUCAGCCCGUCUCGGCGUCCCUCCUCGCCUCAGAGCCUUGGGAGCAGCAUUGCGCCCUCCUUGUGAUACCUGGCGGGCGCGACCUGCCAUAUGUCGACGAGCUGUCGUCCAAGACCAAGGCCACGACACGCAUUGCCGAGUACGUCCGCGAGGGCGGGCGGUAUCUCGGUCUGUGCGCCGGCGCGUACUUUGCCGCUGCGGAGGUGCAGUUUGACGUGGGCGGGCCGAAGGAGGUGACCGGGAAACGAACACUUGCAUUCUUCCCUGGAGCAUGUGCCGGGCCGACGCACCCCGGGUUCGACUACGGCUCAGAGAGCGGAAGCAAGGCCGUGUCUCUUAUCACGCGUGACAAGGUCCUCGACCUCAUCUACUACAAUGGUGGCGGACACUUUGUCAUGCCCGCCAAGGUGCCGGCUGAAGUCGAGGUAGUCGCUCGCUAUGCCGAACCGCCCUCCCCUGACGCCGACGUCGCCGCCGUCCAGAUCACGCGCGGGAAGGGCAAGGCCCUCCUCCUCUCCGUUCACCCCGAAUACCCGCUGGAGGACCCUCCCGCGCGCGACGCUAUCUCCAAAGUCUCUCCUCAGCCUACGGAACAAGCGGUUGAGGCUGCAGAGGACGGUCGCGUCCAGUGGUUCGCUGACCUCCUCGCCGGUCUCGGACUCCGCAUUCCGAGCCGGGAAGAGGAGCGCGCCGGCGAGGAAGAGCACCUGCUUUUGCACCCCACGCACCCGUCGCCCGUCUUUGCGCUGUCGCACCCUCAACACCCCGAGCUCGCUACGAGUCUGUUGGCAGCGAAGACGAUCCAAGCGAAGCUCAAACCUGGUCGCAACGGCUUCCAGUCGCUGCGCGACGGGAACGACGAGUUCGAAGUGGGCCCCGUAGACGCGGUGCCCGACGUCGCGGCGUUCCUCGCCAAGCGGCGCCGCACGGAACCGGAGUACCCGCCCGCAAUCCAAGAACUCUCGCUCGCGGACUCGACGCCGGCGCCGAAGGCGCCGGACAUGCACGCGCUGACCAAGACGCUCCUCCUGCCCGGCACGGUGUCGUACAGCGCGGGUUGGACGCCGCUGUUCAACUUCAAUACGUACUGGGCUGAGCUAGAUGAUGCCCGUGCGCGCGCCGGCCGCAUGAAGCGCCCCGCGCUCGGCGACCUCAUGCUCUACGGCGAAGCGGUGACAAGCACGCAGACGAUGCUCGACCGCAACCCCGUGCUGCUUGGCGGAUUGCCGACGCUCUCGUUCCUCGCGAGCUUCCAGCUCAGCGGGCGCGGACGCGGGAGCAACGCCUGGCUCUCCCCCGCCGGAUGCUUGCAGUGGAGCAUGCUGCUCACCCUCCCCGCGAGCAUGGUCAGCAAGAUGGUGCUUAUCCAGUACUUGACGGCAUUGGCGGUCGCCGAAGCGGUGGACGAGGACGGGCGCCUCGGCGUACGCAUCAAGUGGCCGAAUGACAUUUACGCGCAAGCUGAGGGCGUUGGUGGCACGGAGGCCGGGGCCGGCAAGAAGGGGCUGGUGAAAAUCGGCGGUAUUCUCGUUAACACGAACUUCAUCGGCGGGCAGUGGCGCAUCGUCGUGGGCACUGGUGUCAACGUCCUCAACGCGCUGCCCACCACCUCGUUGAGCCAGCUGCACAACCUCCUCACGGAACGGGCGGCGCGCAACGCGUCCACUAAGCCCCUCCCCCGGCCGCCUACGAUGGAGGGCACGCUCGCGCGCAUCAUGAGCGUGUUUGAGGCCAAGUGGGCCCAGUUCGUCGACGCAGGCAGCUUUGAGCCCUUCAUGGCGGACUACCAUGCACGCUGGCUGCACUCCAACCAGGAGGUCACGCUCACCACCGUCACGCCUCAUCAGCGCCUCCGCAUCGUCGGCAUCACGUCUGACUACGGGCUGCUGCGCUGCGUGCCCAUCACUUCCAGCUCGAGCAUCUUUGGCCGCGAGACCGGCAACGACGAGUACGUUGAGUUGCAGCCUGACGGGAACAGCUUCGACCUCAUGGCAGGCAUGAUCAAGAAGAAGACGUAGGAGGUGUGGGAGCCGCGCCGGGCGACGCGCCACGCGGCGGGAGUUGCGAUAGCUGCGAAGAUCUAGAUGCAACUUUGUAUUGAGCAUGUCCCCAUACCCCUCUCGGCGGCGCCCGACUGGCCCCUGCAGCCGAAGUGUACAUGCAUCGAUGC